UCAAGAGUAAGAUAUUUAACGCCGUGAGUCAUUAAAUAGCUACUCCCUUGUUUACUUCACUCAUGUAAUAGUGCAACAAUUAUAGAAACAAUACGCUAAUAUAUAUCUGAGCUUUUCUUACUUGUGCUUUUCUUCUUUCUCUCUUUCUCCAUCUUAUUACUUCAGAUUACCUGAAUAUAGUUCUUGGUAUGACGAAAAAUAAUAUAGUUAUCAAUUACACGCCAAUUACUUUUAAGCAGAAGCUAGCAAGGACAUAUCAAUCAGUACCCAUCUCUUUGAAACGCUACUUUCAGGAUAUACUGCCUAUUUUAACGUGGAUACACAGAUAUAAUUUAACUUGGCUAGUACAAGAUAUCAUUGCUGGCGUUACCGUUGGAAUUGUACUUGUGCCUCAAAGCAUGGCAUAUGCCAAAAUUGCAAACCUUCCCCCUCAAUACGGUUUAUACACAUCUUUCAUAGGCUCCAGUAUUUAUUGUCUUUUUGGAACUUCGAAAGAUAUUAGCGUUGGCCCUGUUUCUACGAUAUCGCUAUUAAUUGGCUCAGCUGUACAUACUGUAACUGAAAUAUACCCUGAAAUACCGCCUGUAGAAAUAGCUAUCACUCUCACAUUGUUUUCGGGGCUCGUCAUGGUUAUUAUGAGCCUCCUACGUUUAGGCAUCCUUAUCGACUUUAUUCCAGAGCCUGCAAUCGCAGGGUAUAUGACGGGUUCAGCAAUUACUAUCGUACUUGGUCAAUGUCCCAAAUUAUUUGGCAUCAAAGAUGUUUCAACACAUGAUGCCCCUUAUCUGGUUCUCACCCAAUUUUUGACGAAACUGCAAAAUACCCAACUAGACGCUGCAUUUGGCUUAUCUUCACUCGUGUUUCUGUACUUGGUCCGAUUCAUUUGUAACCGUUUUAACUGCAAUUCUCCUUUUUCAAAAAGAAUGUUGUUUCUUUUUGGUAUAAUGAGAAAUGGUCUUAUUGUCAUCAUUUGUACUUUUAUCUGUUUUAUGGUGAUCAGGAACAAAGAAGAUAUUGGACUUUCAAUUAUCAAGUCAGUACCUGCUGGGCUUGAUGCUAUUGGUAUUCCUAGAUUCCAUAUAGAGGUUGUUCGAGAAGCAAGUAGCGUCAUUCCCUCCAUCAUUUUGAUUUCGGUUUUAGAACAUGUUUCCGUUGGAAAAUCAUUCGGGAGAAUCAAUGGCUAUCAGGUCAACCCAAACCAAGAAAUUCUUGCUGUCGGUAUCAGUAAUAUCCUUAAUCCUUUCUUUGGAGGGUUUUCAUGUACAGGUGCAUUUAGCCGUACAGCGAUUAUGGCACGAUCAGGUUCUAGAACACCGAUUGCCGGUGUAUUUUCGGGAGCAAUUGUCGUGCUCGCUCUGUAUGUACUCACACCUGCUUUUUAUUACAUCCCAGAAGCGGUGCUAUCAGCAGUGAUUAUACACGCUGUAUCAGAUCUUGCUUCCAAAGCCAAAUACUUGACUGCACUGUGGUCCACAAGCUGUGUAGAAUUUCUAGUUUGGAUAACUGCCGUCUUAGUUACAGUAUUCGUUGAUAUUGAGUCAGGCAUUUACGCUGCUGUCGGUCUUUCGUUGAUCAUAUUGCUAUAUCGUUUAGCCCGGCCGCCUAUUAAAACGAUAUCCAGGAUCACGAUCAGCCAAGGACAAUACAAUCAUCAAAUAUCAUCAGAUAGCGAUAGUGACCAAACUAUCAAUAUGGAUAUCUUGGAGUCCAGACGUCAGUAUCUGUUUGUUGACGAGAAAGAUCCAAACUUUAUAGGUUAUAGGAAUAAUCUACCCUCAGGUGUCCUUAUUUUACAGUUAUGUGAUUCAAUUUUGUAUCCAAAUGCAGAAUACAUAUCAGGUGCAAUAGUCAACGCAGUAAAGCUCAAAACACGGGGUGGGGUUUCAUUGAACGAGGAUGAAAAGGACAGUCAGAGGAAUUGGAAUGAUCCUAGGGAAUCUCUCGAAUCCAUAUCAAAUAAGCUACAGCUGCCUAUUUUGCAAGCUAUUAUUAUUGACUUUGCAGCUGUGAGUCGUGUAGACGCCACAGCAGUUAAAGCACUUACUAUAACCAAAGACACCCUUGACCGAUAUGCAGGCCACGCUGUUGAAUGGCACUUUGUCGGGUUACAAAAUCUAUCUACCCGCUCAAUACUCGUAAACGCAGGCUUUGGCUCUUUAGAUUCGAAAGACCAAGAUGAUUUGCCAUCAUUAAUCAACUCGACAAGUUCGGAUGAGAAUGAUGACUGUUCUCUCAUAUCGAUUGUUUCUCAAAAUGAAAAGCUAAAGGAUACCUUUUGUUCACCGCCUAUGACUGUUAUCAAAGACGUUCCACGUGAUAACCUACGCUGUAGUUCACCAGUUGAAUCCAUGAAACUCGAAAUGCCUGACAAAGCCUUCAUGUUCCGCCAACAUAGUAAUUUCGCACAUAACCCUCAAUCUUGCCAUUGUAAGAUAGAAACCUCUGCAUCAAAAUGCACGCCUGUAGAUGUAUACCCUUGCUUUCACUGGGAUUUUGACUCUGCCAUCCAAUCUUUUACGCCUGUGUGAUAGAUUAACUAGCAUUAACUUUAUACGAGAGUUCAAUAUUACAGAGCACAAUCACAAUAAAAUAAGAUUAAAUCUAGUUUAAUUAUUUAAACUUAUUCUUCACGAUCGAUAGACAUCACUUGUU